UCUAACAUGAUAUGUGAAUCCAUAAAUUUAUUAUGAGAGUACAUAAGCAUAUCAUGUUUUUCUUGCAAAGCUACAUUUUCAAUAUUUAUCUUUUCUAUUGUGUUCUUGAGCAUAGCAUUUUUAUUUUCUAAUUGAGCAAUAUAUGAUGAAUGAUGAACAACUUUAAUUUGCUCAAUUGAAAUGUCUUCAUACCUUUGGACCAAAUAAUCAUGAGAGCACUUUAGCUUCUCAUGCUCUUUGGUCAACUUAUCCAAGUCUUUGAUUUUUUUGAUGAUGAUAUCUUCUUGCUUAUGAAGCAUUUCCUUUUAUUCUUCUGCUCUUUUCAUGAGUUUGAGCAAGCUCAUCCUGUUCUUCUUGCUUAGUUGAGAGAAGAAUUUUUGAAGAUCAUCCUCAUCUUCACUAUCACUUUCAUGCUCCUCCUCAUCCUCACUUUCGCUUUCACUGUCACUCUCAUUAGCAACAAAGCACAUAUGAGAAGUGGAUUUGAAAGACGAACCUUGUGAAGAGGUGGAUUCGUCGUUUGGUCUCCAUCGAUCAUUUUCUUCUUCAAUUUUGUUCUUCGCCUCAUCUUCCUUCAUUUUGAGGAGCAUCCUUUCGGCGAUUCUCAUGGCAAGAUCUUUUGCCCUAGGAUCAACAUCUGCACCAAAAGAUGAAGUCGAGGCAACCUCAACUUUUUCAAGCUUAGAAGCACUUUUGUUUCUUGGUCCCCCCGACAUGAUCUUUCCUCACGCGGUUAAGCGUUAGAACAAGGAUUAGGCUCUGAUACCAAUUGAAAGUUGCCUAGAGGGGGGGGUGAAUAGGCAAGUUAAAACUUUUUCAACAAAAACUAGAAGCAAACUGGGUAAAACUGAAUUGAUCUCGAAAUUCACCCAGUUAACUUUGGAAAUGAUAUGUUCUAGUUGAUCCACAAGGUUCAAAGUAGUAGAUCUGAGAAGGGCACUUCUCAAAAUCCACACACCAAGAAGAUAUAAACAAAUCUUCCACGCAAUGGUGAGAGAACGAAGAACACAAACAAACACAAUGAGCAAGAACACAAGAGACACAAGAUUUAUCCCGAGGUUCGGUCACACCACCAAGGUGCCCUACUUCCUCGUUGAGGCACCCACAAAGAGCCGGGUCUCUUUCAACCCUAAUCCUCCCUUUGCCGACCACAAAGGUCAAGCCCACACAAUAAUCUUUGCUCAAUCGAGCGAGUAAUACAAACUUUCUUGUGGUCUUCCACAAGAUUUGGAGACUCACAAGAGACACCUAGUCGUCUAGGAGCUAGAAGCUCCAAGAGUAAUGAAUCCACAAAGAACUCGAUGUAGUACCAAAGCUCGAAUUAAGAAGAGCAAGAGAGAUUUGGAGAUGAAGCACAAAAACCGCAGCUCUCAAACUCACUCAAAGAUUUCUCUCCAAAGAUUUGAAAUGGGAGAGGCAAGAGGUGUGUGUGAGAGAGUGGGAGGUGUUUCUCAGGCUGGGAAUGAAGUUUUGUGCGUGCUCUACUGUGGGGAAGAGUGUGGGAGGUGUAUAUAAAGGUGCUCCCAAAAGUUGGUGGCCGUUGGGGAAAUCUGACUGAAAUUCGGUUGAACCGGUUUCAAAUUCGGUCGAACCGGAUUCCACCAGUCGGUUUUCGAUUUAGUGGCGGACGCAGCCGGAGACUGGACCGGACUCAAAUUCGGUUGUACCGGUUUCAAAUUCGGUUCAACCGGUUUCAAAUUCGGUUGAACCAGAUUCAAAAUUCGGUUCAACCGGUUUCAAAUUCGGUUGAACCGGAUUCAAAAUUCGGUUGAACCGGUUUUCCAAAAAUCUGCACAUGACUUUUUCUAACAGGACUGACUGGCAGACUGGCAGUGAUAGAGGGGAACAGUGCAGAAACCGGUUGAACCGGUUUUUGAACUGUUGCACAGAUUUUGAGAAAAACGAAGUGAAACCAGGGUAAAAUGGAAGUUUUAGAUCAAGGAUUUUGAGCUUUAGUACCAACACCAACCUUCUUUAUGGAUCCCCUUGAUAGUACGACGAUUCCUAUACUCAAGUCAAAUAAAAUAUAAUUAAGUAAACUACUUGAGUCAUUGGUGUCUCAAGUGUGAUUUCUCCAUGAUGUUGCUUCAUAACGAUCACAAACAUCUUUGUCUCACCUUUGAAGCAAACACAAAUCGAGCCUGUGACUUGUGCUAUUUCACCAUAUAUGAGUUCAAAUCAUGGCUUCAAGUCACCUUACUGAUGCAUCAACAUAUUGUAACUCUUCAUAGCUGAUUAGUUCAUCGACUUAGUGCAAGUACUCUCUUCUUCACCUUAGCCAUGGUACCUCGGUCUACAAGCCGUCGCUUGGCCUUCACCUUCGCUUAGUUCCUCGAAGCCCUUUCCUUGCUAUCUUCACCAUAUCAAGCCAUUCUUGAGUCACAUCCUAUUGAGCAUCCAUUGAGAGAAUCAUUUCUUCAAUAUUGUGAACCUUGCUUGAAUGUCAUCUAGAUAUAACUGCUAAGAUCAAUCAAGCUCUAGUUUGAUUCUCAUAUAUUCAUAUAUGGACUAAUAGUAAUAUGGUCAAGCCAAUUCACGAUUCCUCAUAUCUUAUUCACUUUGGCUUGACCAAUCCUCUUAAUCACUUCAACCUCUAUUAUGAUCAUAUUUAUGCAUAGUGAUUUCUCAGGACUUGUCCAUAUAUUCAAACCAAUAUAGAGACCAUAUUAUAUCCAUUUGCAUUGUCUCACUGGUUAUUUGACCUUGUGUUGAACCUUGUUCACCGAUCAUUAUACACUAUUCAAGUAUGUUCAUCAUACUGAAUUUCCCGUUCAACACUUAGCAAACUUGUUAGACCUUUAAAUGUGUUGUUAUCCAAAUCACCAAAACUCACAAAAGGGAUGAAUGCACUUUCAUGUUUCCAGAUUGGCAAAGAAAUAACACCUCUAAUGUUAGGGUCCCGACAACACAUUUGUGCAUAGGUUCUGUUAGGUUGGUUGUGCAUACGUGCUGAUGAUGAGGUUUUGCAUGAAACAAGAAGAAAAGUGGUGUGCGGUAGUUUGAAAUUGUGAUCGUGUUUUACAAUUUGUAGUUACAUUUGAUUGGUGGCCGUGGUGCCAGCUCCAAUCUAUAGCCUUCUUGGGUCACUCUGUACGUACACUAGGCUGAGGAAGGUAGUGCCACCUAUUCUUGAUUGACUAAUUGUUGUCGGGUACUUGAAUGCUCAUCGAUUUUGGUUGAUGCUUUUACUAACCCCCUUUCUUUCAUCUUUAAACUUUUAGAAAUCUUGAGAAGAAUAAAUCAUAUCACAUGGCUGUAGGAUUAGGUUCUGAAACUGAGGUGCUACUCUUCUUCGAGGGUGUAACAAUUGUCUUAAGGAUUAGGUACUGGUCAAAGGAAUGCCCAAUCAAGUGGUUGAAGGAUUAGUUUCAGGAAGAGACAACAAAAUGUUUCUUUUGAAUCCCACUAAGCCAUAUGUGUUGUUGCAUAUUUAGACUUUGGAGUGUGAACCUAUGUAACAGACAUAAUUAGUACAGCUCGUGGCUUGGAUAUCUGACACUUGAUUUUGUUGCAGGAAGCAUGUGAUCAGUUCAUGGUUAUGAACGACUACCUGAAACCUCAUGUUCUCCCUUUGUCCCUAUCUACUCAUCAUCAAUAAAUUUUUUGAGUGGUGGAUUUUAGCAUGUUUGCUGCCUAUUUUGGUUUUUUCUAUUAUUUGGUAUAAGACAUUUCUCUGAUUCCUUUGUAUCCUCUUUUAUUUAUAGGUAGUUUUCUUUGAGCUUUGUAUGAGCACAGUUGUGAUUUUGACACCAUAGAACCUUCAAUAUCUACAUAUUUGUAAGAAUUUGCAGUCAGUCAGCUACAAAUCUACGCUUACUCACCGCCUUACAGGCUGGACAAUAGAUAUAGAGGAUAUUACUUGGAACAUGGAUACAUAGAGCAUAUCACUAAGGAUGUCCUAUGGUUUUUUCAAGCUCCUAUUUGCUACAGGCUUUGAGGUUGCAGUCCUUCGUCAGAUAGACUUGGAGCUUCUCGCACAGCGAGAGCUCUGCAACAUGCUGGUAGAUUUUAGAGAGGCCAGAGAAGCUUCAUGUCACUUCUAGACGAAUGACGGGAUGAGCAACAGAGGGAUCUAUAUUUUGCCUCUGUUUUCUUUUUAGGCUCAGAUAAAUACACUUGGGGUCAGAAACAUUGAUAGGGGGAUAGAAGAUAAAGAUCAAGGAUAAAUAUAGCUUGCUGCUAUUAUUCCUAUUGUACUUAGCUCCAUAGUUCCACAUUUGUACCUAUUUUUUUAUCCAUGUUAAUUGGCAGGUGUGGACCAUGCGUGUACUAUUAUAAUAUUGUAUCUCACAUAAUCAUUAAUCGAUACUUAAUAUGGCUUGCGUAUUGGCCGUUUCUCUCUUUGUUUGCUCCGCCUUUUUAGACAUGGGUAAGUGCUCUGCCAUCAGUGAAGAAAGAAUUAGAGACAACAAUAACUCUAGAGGUUUGAAACGAGACCUUAUGCUAAAAAGCAUGUUCAAUGUUUGAAAGUAGAUGCGCUGCGAUUUCGCUCGCCUGCGUCGUGAUGGGGGACGAACACGGACACGGCGCUGAAUGCGAUGGAUGAGGUGCCCUAACUGCCCUUUGCUGCUGUCCGCUCUGACUCAGUGACUCCUGCGGUCCUGCCGCCCGCAAACAACUAGUCAGACCCGGAAGGAGGCACGCGAGCUCCGAUGGCGGCGAGCACGGCCGCGGUUGUUCGUCGUCUCUGCGUGGCCGCGGAGGUGCGGUCUGCUCUGGCUGUGCUCGCCCGCGGGACGAAGUCCGGCGACGCAGCGCUGGACGUGGCCGCGUGCACCGCGCUGGUCCACGUCUGUUGUCAGAGCGGCGACGUUGCGGAGGCACGUAGAGUGUUCGACGUAAUGCCGCGCCUGGGCGUGGCCCCUAACGAGGUCACGUACACAGCAUUGAUCAAUGGCUACUUUGUUCGUGGACACAGAGAGAUGGGUUUCGCCUUGUUUGCGGAGAUGAGGAGAGACGGAGUCGAGCCAAACCUCUACACCUACAACUGCUUGAUCGGUGAAUGGUGCAGGACAGGGGAGUUCAAGAGCGCCCGACUCCUAUUCGACGAAAUGCCCGUGAAGGGUGUCGUGCAUAAUGUUGUCAGCUACAACAUCUUAAUUGCAGGCCUGUGCAGGCACAGCAAGCUGAAAGAUGCCGUCCAGCUGUUUGAAGCAAUGAGAAGGGAGGGUAUCCGUCCAAGCAUUGUGACGUUCAAUCUUCUAAUUGAUGGCUAUGGCAAGGCUGGGAAGAUGGCUAAUGCCUUACAUUUCUUCAAUCAGAUGAAGGCGGCAGGGCUGCCACCUAGUGUGGUGACAUACAACGAGCUUAUAUGUGGAUUCUGUCGUGUUAGAGAUAUAGCCCGUGCAGUCAGGGCUUUCUUAGACAUGAAGGAGCGCGGUUUGGCACCCACAAAAGUGACGUACACCAUACUCAUUGCUGCAUUUGCUAAGGAAAAUGAAAUGGACAGGGCAUUCAUGAUGCUUUCAGAGAUGGAGAAGGCUGGGUUGGAAGUGGAUGUGCAGAGUUAUGGUGUUCUCUUGCAUGCGCUCUGCAUGGAAGGGAAGAUGAUGCAUGCCAGGAAACUGUUUCAGUCGAUGGAUCUGAAAGGUGUCAAACCAAACAGUGUGUUAUAUGACAUGAUGAUCUACGGAUAUGGACGGGAAGGGAGCUCAUAUAAGGCUUUGAGAUUGAUCAUGGAAAUGAGGAAGAAUGGUUUGAUUCCGAAUGUUGCUAGCUAUUGCCUAACGAUCCGUCUUCUCUGCAAUGAAGGGAAGUGCCAGGAAGCUGAGGCUUUGAUUGAUGACAUGGAGCAUGCUGGUUUGCAAACAAGUGAGACUAUCUGCAGAAUACUACUCGAUGCUAAGGCAAGAUUGCAUGGUUCUACUGAUGAUUCUUUUACUUAAAAUAGUCAGGCACAUUGUUUCUGUUAUCUGCCAGGGUAUAGGUUACUAUAGUUAUCUUGUGGAAGUGGCAAGGUGGUAGGAAAAGAAAGAUUGAUAGAGAGGUUAAAGAUCUACUGAAUCCUGUCUUGUACCAACAUUUUGGUGUUUUAUUGAACUUCCCCGCACAAUGAGCAUGGUUGGUUGGUCCCUAUUUGCACGCUAUGAAAGAUGAAACUCCAUGUGCUGAGUCAUUUUCCUGUGUAUCCAUCUGCAAAGCGUAUGGAUGCAAAGGCGAAAGUGGUCUGCAAACAAGUGAAUUCAUCUGCAGAAUAUCAUUGAAUGAGGCAGACUGGAUGAUUCUCUAUUUCUCUCAAUGAACCUUUUGCUUGAAGUAGUCUGGCCCAUUGCUUUUGUUAUCUGAUAAGUCAUAUGUUGCUAUAUCUAUCAUGGAUUCAUGACAGUGGGAAAAUGAUAUGCAAAACACUGCUACGUAUGGAAGGUCUACUGCAACAUGCCUUGUAGAAACAUUUCAGUGGAUUACUGUAGUUCUUUGCAAUAGGCUAGAGUGGUUGGAUGAUUGGAUCCUAUUUGCAUAGAGGUGAAAGAUGAAGACCCCACGUGCGGAGACAAUUUCUUGCCAGACAUUGUAGGUCCUGCUGAGGGACUGUUUGCUUUGCACCCAGGCAGAACUGCCUGGCGUGAGCGCUGCUCCGAGACGUGUCUGCUGUCUGGGAGGCUGCGAAGUGCGAAGCACACAUACACGCCCCUUGGAUGUCCUGCGACCUGCAUGCUCCACCCCCUUCCAGAAAGGAGAGACGACUCUGCCAAACCUAUCAGCUGUCAUUCUGCCCCCUCUCGCUAUGUAUUUGCUGCACCCGUGGGUAGUGGUGUGCCGAAUCUAAUGCUCCAUCCAAGCUUCUGAGUUUCACAAUCCCCUAGGACUCAACUCCCUCGUUAGUUCUCAACUUCUCAUCGCACGAGCCGUCGGCGGCGGCCAGAGGCGCUGACUUGUAGUAGCAGUAUCGCCCAUGGAGGAUGAGGACAGGGCACGAGUGACCAUGGAGGAAGUAGACAAUGGAGCCCGCCGUCUUCAUGGAUGGAGUCUCCACCGGGGAUGCCAUCGUCGCCGAGACGAUCUUCGACGAGGCCGCCAUCUCUUCCGUCGAGGAGGCUGCCAACUUAGAGGAGGCUGCCAACGUUAGGACCGGAAAAUAAGCUCGAGGCUCGCGAGCCUCGAGCGAGCCGAGCCGAGUCUGCCUUUUUGGCUCGUUCCCGUAGCAAGCCGAGCCGUGUUAAAUUACUUAAUAUGUAGAAUAAUGAUGGAUAUUGUCUAAUUUUAUAGAUUGUCAGUUUAUUUCUUAGCGUUUCAUGAUAGAUAUAUGACAAUUAAUAAUUUAGAUUA